AGGGGAAAAACAACUCGAGCUAAUGAAUUCGAAGAGACCCACAAGAUUUUGAAAGAAUACCCGUUUACGUGAAAUACGUUAAAUUUGUAAUCCUAUAUAUCAUCUUCAAUCUUCAAAGCGUUUGCAGUUGCUUCAAGAACUCUCUAGACUUACUGGGAAUUUGCAAGGAAAAGGAUGAGAUCCAACAUCGUUACCGAGGUAGGAGUGCCGACAAGGGUGGGACAAUGGUGGGAAGGCAUUCCAUUCUUUACUUCAGCUAUUAUGCUCAUCUGUGGAACCAUUUACUUGAUGUGUCUCUUGGUUGGAUAUGACUCAUUUGUCGAAAUAUGUUUCUUACCUGCGGCAAUCCUAUCACAUUUUCAAGUUUACAGGAUUUUUACGUCCAUUCUUUUUCAUGGCUCACUACUUCAUGUUUUAUUCAACAUGUUGGCUUUAGUGCCUUUGGGUUCUGAACUAGAGAGAAUCAUGGGAUCAAUCCGCAUGCUCUACCUGACAAUUCUCCUAGCCAUAAGCAAUGCUAUUAUUCAUCUUUCCAUCGCAGUUGUCAUGGCUCAUAACCCCUUUCAUCAUUAUGACAACUUUAUGAAUGAGUGUGCCAUAGGAUUCUCUGGAAUUUUGUUUUCAUUGAUUGUUAUAGAGACAAGUUUGAGUGGUAUUCAAUCCAGGAGUGUUUUUGGCCUCUUUAGUGUUCCUGCUCAAUGGUAUGUGUGGAUUUUGUUGGUGGUGUUCCAGCUUCUAAUGACAAACGUCUCAUUUCUAGGGCACCUAUGUGGCAUAAUGACUGGAUUUGCAUAUAUUUAUGGGCUAUUAAAUUUUCUUUUACCUGGAACGUCCUUUUAUUCUGCUAUGGAGUCCUCCUCUUUGCUUUCUUCCUGUGUGAGGCGACAUAAAUUUAUUUUGUGCACUGGUGGAAAUCCCUCUGCUCAACUUCCAACAUAUUCUGGCCAAAAUACCAUGUCCAAUGGCCUCUCCUUUCCAAAUGUUUGGAGAAACUUAUCUUCAUGGAUGCCACACAGAGAGACGGUUACUGAGCCACAACAAGACAGCAGAUUUCCUGGACGUGGAAGAACACUUGGUUCCGCUCAAAACCAAACAAUUUCUGCUGAUGAUUCAGAGUUUAACCUACAGACUAGGUUAUUGGAUAGGAGUUCUGCAAACCGUCAGUCAUCUGAUGGAAGGCACAAUGAUAGUGCAGUAGUAGAUCAAGCAACCCCAAUCCAAAACCAGAGAUCAGUUGCCUCUGAUGCAGAGAUUCAAAAAUUAGUAUCGAUGGGCUUUGAAAAGACCCAAGUGGAAGUUGCACUAGCAGCAGCGGACGGGGACGUUAAUAUAGCAGUUGAAAUUCUUAUGAGCCAAAAGGAUUAGUUGAAAAUUGCAACCAAGUAAUUCAGCUUAUGCCAUAGUUUUUUUUCAGUGGUCAUGGGAUUUUCUUCAGUUUUUCUUGGCUGUAAUUUCAUUUUGUGUGGUAUAUUUCUAGGAAACCUUUUAGGUUUAGGGGAUAUGUGCCUAAUCUUGAAAUUGUGAGUAAAACUUUAUAAGUAGGAAAGGCUGAUUGAAAUGUAAUUAGAUUCAUAGUUAUACUGUUUUUAGGUUUUGUUUUGCCUUUGUCUUUUUCCUUAAAGGAUGGUAUGUUGGCUCUAAAAAGAAAAUAACUUCGUACAAAGAGGAACCCUGAUUCUUAGAAAGAACCUUACAUCACUUAAAGACC